AUGGCUCACAUCGAGUCUCCUACCAAGGAGACUGUACCCGCUGCCCGUCACUACAGCGAUGAGUACGAGAUCGACAACUCGCACAUGUCUCCAGGCAAAUAUGCCGCGACAAGACUCAGUACCCUCAAGCCUCCUAUGGCAAAGGCGCCCAACCCUUUCAAGCUUCUGGCCAUGUUGAACACCCAACAAUGGCUUUUCUUUCUUGUGGCCUUCUUUGGCUGGUCGUGGGAUGCCUUUGACUUCUUCACCGUCUCGCUCACUGUGUCUGAUCUGGCCGAAACAUUCAACAAGUCCAACACUGACAUAACUUGGGGCAUCACGUUGGUGCUCAUGUUCCGUUCAGUGGGAUCAACCAUCUUUGGUAUUGCUGCUGAUAGAUAUGGGCGGAAGUGGCCCUUUAUCAUCAACAAUAUCCUCUUCAUCGCCCUUGAGCUUGGCACCGGCUUCACUCAAACCUACGGUCAAUUCCUCGCCGUGCGCGCGCUCUUUGGCAUUGCCAUGGGUGGUUUGUAUGGCAACGCGGCAGCCACCGCACUUGAGGAUUGCCCCGAAGAGGCGCGUGGCAUCAUUUCCGGGAUGCUGCAGCAAGGUUACGCAUUUGGAUAUCUGCUUGCCACUGCAUUUGCUCGUGCUCUGGUCAAUACCACCUCACACGGCUGGAGACCGCUGUUCUGGUUCGGCGCGUGCCCUCCAGUGCUGAUCAUUUUGUUCCGUCUUUGUCUCCCCGAGACCAAUACUUUCCGCGCUCGCCAGGCUCUUCGUGCGCAGCAGGGUAGCUUGGCUGGUACUUUCAUUUCCGAGGGACGAGUUGCGCUCAAGAAACACUGGCUACUGCUCAUCUACAUGGUGCUUUUGAUGGCGGGAUUUAACUUUAUGAGCCACGGCUCCCAGGACUUGUACCCAACCAUGUUGACGAACCAGUUCAAAUUCUCCGCCGACGCCGUCACCGUUACACAGGUUGUAGCCAACUUGGGCGCCAUGACAGGUGGCACCACCAUCGGAUAUUGUUCGCAGAUCUUCGGUCGUCGAUUCAGCAUUAUUUUUAUUUCCAUUGUCGGCGGAGCACUUCUGUACCCCUACACCUUUGUCACUUCCAAGGCUGUCAUUGCGGCGGCAUUCUUUGAGCAAUUCUGUGUGCAGGGUGCAUGGGGUGUCAUUCCCAUUCACCUGAUGGAGCUUUCUCCUGGCUCUUUGCGGACCUUCGUUGUGGGCACCUCGUACCAACUAGGCAACCUAGCUUCGUCGGCAUCGUCCACGAUCGAGUCCACCAUCGGUGAACGGUAUCCUCUUGAGCCUCUCAUCAACAAGGAAGGAAAAGCCGUGAAGAGAUACAACUACGGCAAGGUCAUCUGUAUCUUUAUGGGCGCGGUAUAUGCUUAUACCAUUUUGCUGACCUUUGUUGGGCCCGAGAGGAGAGGGAGGAGUCUGAAUGUGGAGCACGAUGAGGACAUGGCAGAGGUCACCCACACGGAUUUGAGCCACCAGAUUCCUGUCCGCGGAGACUCUAGCGAGGACGAAAAUGUGAUUCCAGGUGAGAAAGUUUGA